AUGGCGAAGACCGUCAUCGUCACUGGCGCUUCGAAAGGUAUUGGUGCAGCAAUAGCAGAAUUUCUGCUGAGAAAAUCCCACAAUGUUGUUCUGAUCGCGAGAACAGAGCAACCGCUAGAAGAGCUCCGGACAAGGUAUCCCGAGCAGGUCUUGGUACUUGCGGGGGACUUGGGAGAUAUCUCGCUCGCCCAGAAAGCGGUAGACAGCGCCCUUACAAGAUUCGAAGCGCUAGAUGGCGUGAUCGUCAACCAUGGCAUGAUGGAUCCGGUAACGAAAAUUGAGACUAGUGACAUCGGAGAGUGGAAGAAGCUAUUUGACGUCAACUUCUUCAGCGCUGUUGCAUUCGCCAAAGCAGCCAUUCCAAUACUGCGCAAGAGCCAUGGCUGCGUUGUUUUCACCUCCUCGGGCGUUUCAACAGGAGCAUACUCAACAUGGGGCGCGUACGGCGCUUCAAAGGCCGCCAUUAAUCACUUUGCACGACAACUCGCGGUCGAGGAGCCCAAAGUAACCAGCGUCGCUGUGAGGCCUGGCGUAGUGGAUACAGACAUGCAGCGACAGCUUCGAGAAGUACACUCUGCUGUAAUGGCAGCCAAGGACAAUGACAAAUUCUUGGGUUUGCAUCAAGCUGGUAAGCUACUGCGCCCUGAUCAACCAGGUCAUGUGAUGGCAAGGAUGGUAUUGGAUCCCCCAAAAGAGUUGAGUGGCAAAUACGUCGACUGGGAAAGUCCAGAGCUAGCGAGGUAUCAGGCGUCUUGA